AUGGCACACAAUGGCACAACCUUUACGCUCAAUACGGGCGCAAAGAUUCCAGCUGUUGGAUUCGGAACAUGGCAGGAUAAGGAGGCUCAGGAGCCAGCCGUCACCAUAGCCCUCAAGUCCGGCUACCGCCACAUUGAUACAGCACGCAUUUACGGCACCGAACCAGCAGUAGCCGCCGCCAUUAAAAAAUCUGGCAUCCCUCGUUCCGAGCUAUUCAUCACGACUAAGCUAUGGAACAACUCGCACCACCCGGAUGACGUAGAAGCUGCUCUCGACGCUUCGCUCAAAGACUUGGGAACCGACUACCUCGAUCUCUACCUCAUGCAUUGGCCCUCUCCCUUCGCUCGCAGUUCAGAGAUGUUCCCGAAAGAUGCCAGCGGUAAGACCAAGCCCGGCGACAGCGACUACGUCGACACAUACAAAGCCAUGGAGAAGUGCUUCAAGAGCGGGAAAGCCCGCGCAAUCGGCGUUUCCAACUUCAGCAAGAGUGAACUCGAGCGGCUGAUCAAAGAAACCAGCGUCGUUCCUGCUGUCCAUCAGAUAGAAUGUCAUCCCUACCUUCAGCAAAACGCCUUCUCGGACUACCACAAGCAGCAAGGCAUCCAUGUAACACAGUAUUCACCUUUUGGAAACCAGAAUGAAAUCUACGACUCCGGGAAAAAUAUGAACAAACUCAUGGACGACCCAGUGCUCGUUGAGAUAGGAAAGAAGCAUGGUAAGACAGGCGCGCAGGUUGCGCUGGCUUGGGGUAUUGCCAUGGGCCACUCUGUUAUCCCAAAGAGUAAGACGGAGUCGAGGAUCAAGGCAAAUUUGGAGGGUGAUUUUGAAUUGCCCAGUGAGGAUGUUGAGGAGAUUGCCAAGAUUGACAAAAAGUUGAGGUUCAAUGAUCCGAGUGCUAACUUUGGAUGGAAUUUCUACUCGGAUCUGGAUGGCAAGAAGAAGUAA